GGCUUCCGACGAGAUAUAAGUGGGACUGUAGGUAGAUCUUGGUUAACUGAAGGCAAACAUUUGUCAGUGGGGACUCUGGCUAGUUCUUGGCAGACUAUAGGCACAACUUUUUUUCUAACUAGGGAACUACAGAAACAAUAAUAUAGAAAGCUUUUUUUUAUAGUAAGACGGUAAUAACAGUAAUUAAAGAACUAAGCCAAGAGUCAGGAUGUGUGUAAGACAGUACGGCUGCCUGCUCAUUGCUCUCUCGUGCACUCUGUCCCUCGUGCACACACAGACCUACACUGAUGGCGAUGCCUGCAGACGACAGUGUCAGGGAGCAUACGACUUCUACAAGCGCUUCAUGAUGUCCACAACUUUUUUAGCUUCAUACCUGCCCAUAUGUUACAGCAAGUGUCCAGCAUCAGAAUCAACUCUACCGCCAUCAACAACCACUAGCACGACAACAACCACAACAUCGACGACCACAACGACCACGCCAACAACAACAACAACAACAACCACACCGACAACAACAACUACAACAGGUUCAGUUACAAACUCCUGUGGCUUACAGACCUACAACCGGUACAAAAUUGUGGGCGGGACCACGGCAGCUGAGUGUGAGUUCCCCUGGGUCGUGGCCGUUACCAUCGACUCCAACUUCUGUGGGGGGACCAUCCUCGACAGCCGACAUGUGCUUACCGCUGCUCACUGUGUGAAAGACAGGUACACACGUGCGGUGGUCCAGCCCAGCCAGGUGACGGUCAGGUACGGCUCGUCUAACCUGAACAAACUGACCCGUGUCCAGGUGAGCAGCAUUACAGUGGACCCCAGGCACAUCCCGAACAUCAACGAUUACGACGUAGCUGUGUUGACGCUUGCUGAGAGUCUGGUGUUCAGUGAAUGUGUCUCGCCAAUAUGUCUACCAGAUGUUUACAGUGACGCCGCUAAAACUGACUACUGUAUCACCGCUGGUUGGGGUAUCCUGGGUUUUACUUCCCCGUCCUUGAGCUACGACCUACAAAAGGUCACUCUGCCCAUAGUUGACCAGGCUAAAUGCAUAUCUUCCUAUGGCACUCUAUAUGUUAAUGAUCUCAAACUUUGUGCCGGCGAUUAUUACAAUGGAGGAAUCGAUUCUUGUCAAGGCGACUCUGGAGGUCCGCUGAUGUGUCUGUCAGGCGGAAGGUUUUACGUCUAUGGCAUCGUGUCGUUUGGCUCUGGCUGUGCCCGCCCACAGUUUCCCGGCAUCUACACCCGGGUCACUCACCCUUACAUCCGGGACUUUAUCGUGACGUCGCUCCUCAACUAAUGACGUCACCACCACCAUGGCGGUCUGAUCUGUUCAAGUAUUACCCAGGAUGUUGUCCCUAAAGCUAAUCUACUUCCUUUAUAAGAUGGAGAUUUAUCAAGUAGUUUGACACUUUUAAAACCAAAGAUUUUUAAAAAUGGAAGAGUUUUAUCUGAAUCUCCAAGAAAGAAAUAAGGCUGUCAUUUUUAAUCAAAAAAUUAUUCUUGAAUGAAAAUCCAAAAUAUCCCAAACAAAAAAUAAAAAAAAUUUCA